CCGACAUGCAGGAAGGCCCUUCCAGAACUAGGCCCAAAGCCUCCUGACUUGCAUUACAUACAGCCUCAGCUCUAAACACAGAAUUGGUCCUGCUAGGUGCUAUUUCCAUAUGUAUUAGAAGACUGUGGCUGGAAUUAUUUUGCAGAUGCUUUAGUGACCGUGUCACUAUGUCUGAAAACAAUCGGCAAGAAAAGACACAAUGGAUUACAACAGUGAUUAUAAGUUCAUCUCUUCAGGGUCAUGAAAUUUCAACAUCCUUACAAAACCAGAGACACCGGGUUCGCUAUUCAGAUUCAGUAGAAGAUGGAUCUAUUAUCUUUUCUGUUUCUGGUGUUGCAUUUUUGUUGAGCAAUGCUCAAGGCUUAUUUUUCACAGACAGAGAAUUAUUUUUUGAAAAAAUAAAGAAGUUCAUGACCAUUCAUAGGAAUGGGUUUUUGCUUUUGUCAGCUGCCCGUCAUGGACCAAAGGAAUGGGAUAUGAUGUUCAAAGUUCAACAGAGGUUCUUAGGCAGUAAUUUACGACUAAUACCAGUCCACAAUACUGCUGAAGCUGUUAAACUCAUGCUGACUAUAGCAAAGACCUCUUCAAAACCACAUCUGGAUAACAUUCGCUACAGAAUGCUGAUGGCAAAGGCACAGAUUGUAGAACAAAGUUCUGUUUGGAAAAUGCUUCAUCAGCGCCAACUGGAGUGCACUUUAAUAAAUACUACUUAAGGCUUCAUCUAGAACUUUGACCAUGUUUAUUCGAAAAAUACCUCGGUUUUGUCCUGUAAAAACCCACAUUCACAAAGAAGUGUAUCAAUUUGGAAAACAGUUCUGCAUCAGAGACAUUCAGAAUGAAAACAUGAAAACCUGCAUGUAAUUUAUUAAAGUUUAAUUUCCUGCAUAACCAUCAAAAGACAUAUCAUUGCUCACUUAAAAAUCCAUUUUCAGCCUCUGAAAUAAUAUAAAAGAUAAAUACUGUUUGCAUUUAACCUUGAGUGGAAAUGUCCUGAUAUUCUUAAUGUUGUAGAACAUUCAUUACUAGCAGCACAGAGAAAGAGCUACUAACAUUGUCCUCCAAAUGUACAUGAUUAUUAAUGAUGCUGUUUGAAACAAAAUGGUUGUUCAAGUUCUGUUCCUCCUUUCUUACAGAUGAAUUGUUUGCUGAUGUUAACCCCCCCAAAGCAAAUGAAAAUAAAACGUCUUCUUGUUGUCCAAUAUAUGCUCUUUAAUGUCAAUGAACUUGUAUCUCCUACUGUAUUUGUUCAGGUGGACUGCUAGGGAAUGUUGUAUAUUAGACAUAUCUGCAGGAAUGAUCAGGAAAAUUGGCAUGAAGAACAUUUACUCAAAGCCAAAACAGCUGGAAAGAUCUCUACUGUAUCACCUUGAUGACAUAUGACUGUGAUAUGUAUGUCAUAGUGCUGUGCCAUGGACUGCUCCAACACCCUCUACUGCUAGAUCAUAUGCGAAUAGCUAUAUAGCAUGUGACUUAACAGUGCUAUAUAGAGUCCCAUUUCUGUAUGUCACAGUUUCUAAGCUACAAGUUUAGAAGACAUCCCAUAUCAAUUUGUACUGUUUUCUGAUAGCUAUUUUCCUUGUGAAUAU